AUUAAGUUCAUCCGCUGGCAGAUGGUUUGAGAUCCCCUCUGCAGCAUGAGAAACCAUAAAUAUGGUUUAAAGGAAAGAGCUUUCAAAAUAUGUUAAAUGAAGUUGGGAGACCAUCUGCGGGAGAUGCAGAAUUCUUAAAACCCUGAAAAUAAUGGGUAUGCAAAUAUCAUGAAACCAAUGGAUCCUUUUGAAAAAUUCAUUCUAUAGUUAAAACUCCAUCAAUAUUUGUUGAUUUUAAGGAAUUUGAGCUGGUGAAGUAGAUAGGUGAGAGUGAUCAAAGGUUGGGAGGGAAGUUAAAUAAAUGGCUUCCGCAGGAGGAGCGGCUCCGCAAUUGAAUGCUGGAUUGCAACAGCAAUUGCAGCAACAAUUGAACUUGGAAGAUGUGAGGAAUCGAGCAAUGGACCUCUUCAAAGCGAUUACCCGAAUCCGUGAACAGCUGGAGGGCAAUGCUAAUGUCAAGUGGCAAGAUGUACUAAGUCAAUUUUCAGUUGUUAAUGUGAGUUUGGUAAAAAUUGUGGAUGAUAUCAAAAAAGUUUCAAAAGCAUUUGUGAUAUAUCCAAAGAAUGUAAAUCAAGAAAACUCCACAAAGUUGCCAGUCAUGUUGUCAUCAAAGCUACUGCCUGAGAUGGAAUUGGAAGAAACAUCUAGGAGGCAACAAAUUCUACAAGGAAUAUCAAGCCUUCCUGUUCAAAUACAAGUUGAGAAAUUAAAGAGCAGAAUAGAUGCAAUUGCAACAGCUUGUAAUAAUGCUGAAAAGUGUAUAUCUGAAGCUCGCAAAGUCUAUGGGCUGGGAGCACGCCAUAAUCCUGGAAUUAUUCCUCAAUUAGACAAACUUCAGGCCACAAAGAUUGAUGAGCAGGAGAAGCUUCUUCGAUCUGCUGUAAAUUCUGGUGAAGGUCUGUGGUUGCCAGUAGAUCAACGAUCACCUCCGACAGUUCUUCCACCACAUUUAGAGCUUGGUGUAGCACCAGGAGAUGGGAAUGUGUAUCCGAGAAACCCUCCAUCAUCUUUGUCAUCGACUGCAGUUAUAAAUACUGGAGCUCCACAAUUGGUCUCAUCAGUUCAACCUAGUGGUAGAUCUGCUCCAUCACCUAUGACAGCAACUGGAGGAGUGUCAACUGAUAAUAGGGCUGCGUCACCCAUGCAAUACACAAACUCUCCUUCACCUCAGCAACAGCAGAGGCCAAAGAUGCCACACACACUACAACAAUCUCAACCUUACUCAUCACAACAACUACGGGCACCAUCAGCAUAUGCAAAUGCACAGACCCACAUUCCUCCAUCACAAGAGCAACAAAACCAACUUCAAGCAAAAUUUCAGCAGGAGAGGCAACCUUAUCAUAGUUUCACAAAUAGGCAAUUCUCAUCUGGGUCAGCACAGCAGCAUGGGAUUGCCCAAAAUACUCAAGGAAGUCAGUCAAAGCAUCAUUUGGCUUCAGCUGGCAAUCUUGCAAAUAUAUAUGGUGGAAAUCAGAACUUUGCUACUUCCCAAAUGUAUAAUGUCCCUGCUGGGUAUCCACGCAAUGUUUCAUCACAGGUGUUUCCUGAAUCAGGGUAUAAUGUGGGAGCAUCUGGUGGAUCUCAAAUUUCAUCAAAUCUUGGCGCAUCCCAACAACAUGUCAGGCAAGCAAGUUAUAAUGCCUUUUCCAACCCACAACUUGCACAGCAAAAUCCCAGUAUUACCAACAUACCUCUCGGUAACUUGACUCAGAACACAUUACAUGGUCAGCCAAAUUAUGGCAUUGCACCUAAUUCUACCCAAAACCCUAACUAUGGACAACAAAGACAACCACCUCCACAGUGAGCAUAUGAAUAUCCAUUAAGAUUAUAGUUUGAGAAAAGUGAUGAGGAUAUUAGAACAAGGGGAGUGAAGUUCUUUUCUGUGUCUCAUUCUACUGCAAGAUCUGUUAGAAGAAGUGUAUCUUGUUCACACAAUCCAUGUGUUUUUAUUAAAAAGUACUGAUAGCAUAGAUUAAAGAGUACUGAAUAUGUUGUGUUUGCUCUUUAAUCAAUUUUAUCAUGCCUAUAUUGUGCAUUAGUUAUUGGCUUAACUUAAUGAAAAGACAGCUACUUCCUGAUCAUUACAGUGGACUGUCUAGUUUCUUUAGCUUU